ACAAAAGCAGCAUUUUUGAUUUCCUUUUUCGUCUGCAUUUAAUUUUUUUUGCAGCUGUUGCUCGCGCUUUUGCGUACCCUUUAGUUGCAUCACACAAUAUUUUAUGCUUAUGCUGUAUGCUUGUGCAGAAGUUCUGUUUCAGAAAACUCUUCCUCUUGUCUUUUGAGAAGGUGUUCAGACCUGAGCUUAUCGGUAGCAGCUUCGGUUCUCGGCUUGCACGGUUGCUCGACGAAGCAGGAAAUCGCUCUUCUCCAAUGCCCUAAUAAGAUGUUUAUGAUUAUUAACCAUAUGUCAACAUUUUCCCGCAUUAUUUCGCGGCAAAUCCUGGCAUUCGAUUAUCCUUUUUGACUUCGGUGCCGCUUGUUACUUACUUACUGGGAACAAUUAGUGCGUUAUUUUCGCUGUUGUGCACCUCUUUUGCUCGGAUGCAGUUCGGAAUACGCUGCAACCCACUAAUUUGGCUUGUUACGUAUACCUCAUUACCUCAUUCCAUAUAUCUAUAUAUCUUUAAAACAUUGCAUAUAAUGCAGCGUUUAACUCUUCGACAUCGUUUCCACACCCGAAAAGGUUCGAAUAUACAGCUGGCGGAAGAAUGUACGGUUGCAAUACGAACUUCCAGCUUUGCCGGAGGAUUGACUUUUAGUGCCGAACCUCUGGAGGCCAAUGAACUUUUUUUAGUGGAGAUAACGAAAAUGGAUCUGGGCUGGAGCGGUAGUUUACGUAUCGGAAUCACUCAAGGAGAUCCACUGGAGCUUGAAAGACUUCCUUUAUUUGCACUUCCGGAUCUGGCUACUGAAGGAUCUUCCUGGGUAUACACUUUCGAUCGCUCCGAAGUGGACGACAUGCUAGAUAAUUUAAUACUUCCACAAAGCAAGCUACACCAGCUGCUGCAAAGUGGUCCACUGGGGGCUCAUUUGAACUUACAAGCGCUGCAACCGCGCCAAUCAUUCAACUUUGACAAGCCACCCGUGCGCUCCAGGAAAAACAGUUACAACGACGAAUUUCAAGCACGUUUAAUCGAUAACCUUCCCAGCCCAGUUCCCGUGCCAGAUAACGAUGAGACGUCUGUGUGUGAAGGCAGUCGUGUGGGAAUUUUUUAUACCAAGGAGUACGAUGAGUAUGCCCUCCUUUACUUCCUCGUCAAUGGCGAAUGUAGAGGGCCGUUUCCGUUUGAAUUAGCGGGCAAACCGCUGUAUGUCGUCUGUGACGUGUAUGGAUGCACUAAGACAGUUCGCAUAGUGCCGCUUUAUGAAGUGGCGUCUCUGCAGUCAGCUGCACGUGAUGUUAUCCUGGGACGAGCACAAAAAGUGGACAAACUACCGCUUCCAGACCGCCUGAUUCGCUAUCUUCAGUUUUCAACGAAACAAAGUAGAGACCCGUUUACACGGAUGUCGGAUGAGUGACAUGCUGACUGAUGCGCGGUUGUUUGCUGUGGCUUUCCGCUUUUGCACGGUAUUAUAAGUAUUCUUUUGCUUUUAUUUUCACUGCUGAUUGCUGAGUGCUUUCUUUUUGUCGGCAUGUUUUUUAACUGUGAAUUGUGAACUGUGUUUUAAUUUUCCCGGUUAGAACAUUUUUAAUAAUUCCAAUAAGUGAAUUUUAGAAACUGCUUUUACAAAGUUUUAUCAUGUAUGCUAACUGCAAUCUCGACUGCGACCAACUGAUGACACUGCCGCGCGUUGCUCUGGCACGCGUUUCUUGAAAUCUAUUAUGCUUGAUUCUGAUGCGCGAUAUUUCUCGAUUUGACAUGUUUUAGUAAUUUUAUUUGUACAUUUUUUUGACUGUAUGAAUUUACUUUGAAAUGCUAAUCAACUUCAGACGUCAUUCAUUAAUUUCAUUCCAAUAAAAAUGGCUGAAAUAAA